AUGAACAAUCAACCUUCCUGCUUUGAAAUAUUUUUACUGCUUUCAUUAGCUUAUUAUGAUACAACAAUUUGCUUUAUAAGAGCCAGCGCCCGGCGAGGUCGGGCAGCUGCCCAGGCUCUUCAGUUACGAGUUGUGUUACCGGUUCCUAAACUCUCUUCACUCUUCAUAAUUCCUCACUCUUCUCUUUCUCUUCUGGCAGCUCCUACAGUUUCCUCGCCGUUUCCGCAUUCUGAAUCCCAGAAAGACACAUGUUUCAAGAACUUUUUGAAGAGUGUUUAUCUGUUACGAACACUCCAUGUUUCCUUACUUCCGACAUGUACUUGUGAGACCUUGGAUUACUAUUAUGAAGCCAGUGAAAGUUUGCCCAGACUUCAUAAUUUUUCUGACUUCGCCACUGCUUUAGCCUGCACACUGUGCAGAACACUCCAUGUUUCCUUACUUCCGACAUGUACUUGUGAGACCUUGGAUUACUAUUAA